CAGUAAGAGCUGUUCGGCAGUGGAAUUUGCUGCCAAGGAGUGUGGUGGAGUCUCCUUCUUUGGAGGUCUUUAAGCAGAGGCUUGACAGCCACUUGUCAGGAAUGCUUUGAUGGUGUUUCCUGCUUGGCAGGGGGUUGGACUGGAUGGCCCUUGUGGUCUCUUCCAACUCUAUGAUUCUAUGAUUCUAUUCUAUGAUUCUAUGGUUUUUUGCUAAAAAAAUUUAUCAAAAAUGUAGGGUUGUCUCAUACAUGGAUGGUGAAUGCAGUUAGAAUCAGCCAGCUUUGUAAAUUGUGGUUUUUUUCCCCUAUUCAUUGUUAAGUCUUAUUUGCAGUUUAUCCUGGUUCAAUCAUCAUCAUAAAUAGCAAUAAUAAAUAGUAAGCAACAAAUUUAUUUAUACCACACCUUUUCCUCUGAUGAGACUCAAGGCAGCUUACUGGUAAAAGCAAAAACUGCUUAAAACAUAGGAAAAUCAAUAAUUAAAAUACAAUUAAACAAAAUAAUUAAAAUACAAUUAAACAUCACAAUUUGAGGUUAGUAAAAAUGAAAGCAAACAAUUCUGAGCUCCUCAUGGCUGCAGCAGAGGAGGAAAAACGCUGUGCAGGAGCCGGAGUCCUACUGCAGUUUGUCCUCCUUUGCCCUGAAGCACCACAUUAGUCUAUGUGUGCAAUUAAGCACAAAAUAUGUCUAAAGUAAAACCUUGCAAAAAAUUUACUGGCAUGUGCCAGUUUCUUGGCAUAUGCCAGUUGUCAGCUUAUUUAGUGUCCCCUACAUGUUAUUACUCCAUAUUUUAAUCAAUAUAUUUCUAAUCAAAAAGCUUCCAAGAAAUAUUAAUUGAACAGCUGUAAGGGCAGUUCAAAUUCCUUUAGAUAAAGAAAUAAUUAAGAACAGGAGAACAAGUUAUUAUGAUUUAUUAUUUAUACCCCGCCCAUCUGGCUGGGUUUUCCCCGCCACUCUGGGCGGCUUCCAACCAAUACCAAAAUACAUUAAAAUAUCACAGAUUAAAAACUUCCCUAAACAGGGCUGCCUUUAGGUGUUUUCUGAAUGUCAGGUAGUUCUUUAUCUCCUUGACCUCCGAUGGCAGGGCGUUCCACAGGGCAGGCGCCACCACCGAGAAGGCCCUCUGCCUAGUUCCCUGCAACUUGGCUUCUCGCAACGAGGGAACCGCCAGAAGGCCCUCGGCGCUGGAUCUCAGUGUCCGGGCUGAACAAUGGGGGUGGAGACGCUCCUUCAGGUAUACUGGACCGAGGCCAUUUAGGGCUUUAAAGGUCAGCACCAACACUUUGAAUUGUGCUUGGAAACAUACUGGGAGCCAGUGCAGGUCCCGGCAGCCACUCCCAGUCACCAGUCUAGCUGCCGCAUUCUGGAUUAAUUGCAGUUUCCAGGUCACCUUCAAAGGUAGCCCCACGUAGAGCGCAUUGCAGUAGUCCAAGCGGGAGAUAACUAGAGCAUGCACCACUCUGGUGAGACAGUCUGCGGGCAGGUAGGGUCUCAGCCUGCGUACCAGAUGGAGCUGGUAGACCGCUGCCCUGGACACAGAAUUAACCUGUGCCUCCAUGGACAGCUGUGAGUCCAAAAUGAAAGCUGUAUCUUUCAUAAUGUUUCCUAUGGCCCAUCAUUUUGAAUUUCAGUUUAUCAGUAAACAUUAAAAACUUCAAAGAUGCAUAUUUUUUAGGAUGAGAGCAAAGUGGGAUUAGUGUUUCUAAGCUGAGUUGUUGUUUGGAUCAGAUGUACAUGCAUAAAUAACUUUAAUAGGGGUUUAUGUUCACUUUUCUGUUAUGUCCAUUGUUGGCAGAUUUGCAAAUAAGUAAUCAGUACUGACCCGCUUUUGAAAUCCCUCCAUUUCAAGUAUGCCGCGAGGCUUUGUGGAUUGAAUUAAAUCAAGGCAAUUUAAAUAAACGGGGGAAAUGCCAAUUUUAAUCAUGUUUCCUGUUUAUUACUUCAUAUAUUUCCUAAGCAGUGGUGCAAAUUGAAUAUUAAGCAAAACUAAUUAGGGUAUUGCUUAUAUUGUUUCUUUCACAAUAGUCUUGCGUGUCACACUAUAUAUUUUGCAGGCUUUCCUUUUUUUUACAAUAGAAGGAAUGGGUAGAAACAAGUGUGUGAAUAGAUUUCUGUUUGCACAACAGGAAUUCCCUUCUGCACUGCCCCAAAAUCUGUUUCGAGUAGAUGUUUAGGGUUUACAGAGGACUGUAGGAUGGGGGGGGGGAUGACUGCAAAGUUCCACUGAGCAAACAGAAGUCUGUUAAGCUCACUUGUAGACAGUGUUGUAUGCAACCCAGUGUCCUUAAUAUAUUUAUUUUAUAAAACUUAACAUGAGUAGCCUUGACAGUUUGAAAGAUGGGAAGUAUGGGAAUAUACCGAACCUGAACCCUGGAUGAUGUUAUCAUCUUUUCAAUAUUUUUCAUUUCUGUUUCACUUUGCCUUAGCCUAGCCUCAUAAAAAGAAGGUGGCAAACAAGAGAUAAAAUGCUCAUGACUGAUAGUUCUUUGGCAAAGAGGUUGAUUUCAUCAGGUGGAAAUGAAAUUCUUACAUUUUGUAAGUACAGUAAGAGUAUAAAUAUUCAUAUCUGAGAAAUCGCCAGACUGAUUCAGCUUUUACAUAGAAAAAUCUUUCUGUGUAAGAUGUAUUUGGUGGAGGCAUUAAUCCCAAGGGCUAACAUGCUUUUAUAUAGAUGAUUUGAUAAUUAAACAAAUUAUUAUUUAAGAGAAACUUUGUAUUUUUUUAUAAACUGAUUUUUUAUAUAGAGAAAGUAUUGCUUCUUGUUCAAUUUGUUUUGACACAGCAAGGGGAUUUCUGGACAGGCAAAAGAAACCUAAAAUCCCUUUGGACUCUUGGAACUAGUUUCAUGCUUCUUUGGAUCCGGAUCUGUGUUCUAUGCUCUGUGUAUAACUUUUUACUAAUAGUCAGCAGUACUAAUUAACUGUAUAUAUGAACAAGCUGUUAUUAUUCCUUAAUUCUGACAGCAUGUAGAGUCAUAAAUCUUAUCCAAAGUCAUUUUUGACAGUUUUUAUAAUACUAGAGGUUUACUACUAGUGACACUUAGGUUUGGGGAAAAUAAAUGCUCAAUAAAGUUCCCUAGUUAGUCAGUGGGCAUCAAUUUUACCUGCUAUGGCUUCAUGGAAUACUGUUUCAUGAACAAAGGCAUAAUGGGUAUGUAGCAAAUUAUCACUAGUAAUCUCACUGGUUUUUCCAAGGUCUGGAUCAGAUUUUGCUUCCUUCCUUCUCCCUUCAAUAUGAUUUAGGUUUUCUUAAUUGGCUGCUGACGUGUAUACUGUACUGCUACAUAGGUCCAUUUCUGCGCUGUACCUUUUCCUUUGGCAUGCUGUUAUCUGGAUAGUGCACCUGAGUUGGAUAGCUCUUGUGGAACAGAGAUGACAUUUGGAUGAUUCCAAUUUAUAAGCAAAUAUUUGUGCUCAUUGCUUCCAAUUUAAUAUUAGAGGCACAACAUUAGUAGCAAACCUACUACUAUAUAGCAGUGUUAGUGGUCCCCUGAUUUACCUACGUGUGCAUAUAUAUACAGAAACAUUUUUUUUAAAAAAAUAGCCAUUCCCCCCACAUGUCAUCAAAAGCAAUUUUAAUAAUGAACAUGUACUACUACUGUUGCUACAUAACUUUAGUCUUUUGACUGGAAAUGCUCAGAAUGUAUAGUCUUCUUUAUAGAAAAUUAUAAAUUCUGCUUAUGGCUGUGGUUUUGGAAGGGCACUUCUCAUCAAGUAUUAAGUUAACAGUAUAAGAGCUGUUCCUGUCCUUUUUUAUAAUGUGACUGUUUUGCCUUAAAAGGUUUCAUAUAUUGGUAAUCAACUUUUCAUAAUGCCUUUGCCCUGGAGAUUGUUGUGUGUUUGUCUUAAUUCCAGUUAAGAUAAACCAAAGUUGGCCUGGGAUUUUGGUUUCCAUUUUCUAUGCUAUCAACUUUAAAAUUUAAGUGAAGUGCUUCUUUGUUAUUUGACAAUAAGGAAUCAAACUUUGUGCUGAUCUGUUGCAAAUCAUCUGGUGACCUUCAGAUAGAUUCCAACCCCACUUCUGCCCACUCCUCCUUUAGAAAAUGAAUUGAGCUAUGGCAACAUCACAGUCCAAGCUGGCUUUUAAAUAUGCUACUGUUUAAAUGUCUGUAGAGAGGGUUAAGGCAUUUCUCUCUCUCUUUACCACUAAGCAAAUAAAAUAUUCCAGGUGUGUCUGCUCUAUAAAAGUGGAGUUAUUAUAUAUUCUUUUUAGAGUUCAUGUAUAGGACCCAAAAUUAUGCUGCAGGCAGUGAAGGGUUUUUGUUGUUUCUUUAGUUUAGUACAAGUAUUUUCUUUAAUUGCUUGAUUUCCAACAUACUAGUAUGCAUCUGUGUUUUGUACUUUUUGAUGUAACAUCUGAAAAGGUAAGAUAUGCUUCUCUCUGCUAUAAUAUGUGUGGACCUGACAUGUUUUGGAUCAAAUCCUUAUCAUUCUCAUGAAAAGCAAAGGAUAUUUUAGUGAAUAAAUCUCAUUUCAAGUGACUGGAGUAUAUUCCUAAGAGUCAGGCUAAAUUUGUAUCUUUAAAGAGAAAUUAACAUAGGUAUUUUUAUACAAACUUGUGUAAUGGAGCUGUGUUGAUGCCUCCCAAUGCCCCUGCAACUGACCUCUGGUUCCUUUUAGACCAAAGAAGAGAAUCUCUGGCCCUGCUGGUGUUGUUGGACUACAUGGUCUAUCAUUCCUCUCCAAUAGCCCUUCUGGCUGCAGCUAUUGAGAGUUGAGGUUCUGAUAAUAUCUGGAAGACCACAGAUUCUUAACUCCUAAUUUAGACCCCCCCAACCCACUUGGUAAAAGCGAGAUCUGACCAUAGACAACAAUGGAGAAAUCCAGGAAUUUAGUGUAGUUAUGAGGGGACAGCGGAGUCUUCCCACCCCACAUUACCAUACAGAAAGUAGCAGCAAACACAGAGUUCUGUCUCUGGCUUUCACUGUGAACCUGACAGUCCCCCCCACUAGACAAUUAGAUAAAUUGUUUUCUUAACUCCAGUCCCCCAGCCUUGGAAACUUACAGAUGAUUGCUGCACUGUUUUGGAGAAACUCAAACAAGUCUGUCGUAGUUUUCCAUACUGAUAGGCAUUCAGUCACCCAACUCUGCUACUAGAGCAGUGGUAGGGAACCUCUGGCCUGCAGGUUUCAUUUGGUCUGGCAGGGGUCGUAAUUUGGUCUGUGAGGCUGUUUUCCCCAAAUCUCACCAUUUCCCCCACACCUUACAUGAUACACUUCCAAUUGGUCCUUGGCAAGUUAGAAUUGCAAUGCACUUCCAAUUGGUCCUUGGCAAGUUGGAAUUCUUGUAAGUGCCAGCUAGCUGCCAAUCCAUCAAUCUAUUCCCUUCCACUAAUGCCCCUACCAUACUUAUUGUCUAUGCUCAUGCAGCAACAAAUCCAAAGCACAAUACUGUUAUAAAUUCCCAUUGCACCUUAGCCACUACCGGUAUGUAUCAAUAAUAAUGAUGUUCCUAAUACAGUAUUCUUACCUAUGUAUGAAAGCCGCCAAUCAAUACAUGGCCUAUUGAUUAUUUGCUCAUAGCGUUGUUGGAGCUACUUAGAUCUGGACAAAUCUGUGGGAAGGGUUUGGCUAAACACCUAUAAUUGUAAUUUGAGAUGCUUCACGGCUGUUUUGAACUAGCAUGCACACAGAUAUGUUGUAGCAUCCUCAGUGGGCACAGAAUACUGGCUAUUGUGGUCAAGGGGGAGAGGAAUGGAGUGAAGCAACUUAAACCCUAAACCGAAGCAUUCUACAUUGCAACAUUUUGUUACAGGACCCUACUUGUUUUUGUCUACUGUAUUUAGACUACUAAUGGACACAAUUGGUUUUGGAAGGUAUCACCUUGUAUGGUUACAUUUUAAAGUGUCGUGCAACGUAGUAUUUUUUCCUCCAUUUCUGCAACCUUCCACAAUUCAGGCAAUCAUUUUGUAUUAAAUACAUUUUAACUUUGGAAUUUAUUUAUUUCUGAAGGAAACAGAUUGGGUCUCCAGGUGCCCUUCCAUGCACAUAAGUAUUCCUUCAGUGAAAGGAAGAGCUUUUGAUCCAAUGGAAGCUUCCACUUAGAUUAAAAUUGGCUCCUCCAUUCUAUAUCAUACUACUCUUUUAAUCUGUGACACUAUCUCACAUGCUGUUCCUAUGAGUCCCCCAAACCUUGAGAGCAGAUUUUUUGAGGAUUCAAGUUGCUACAUGAGGGAGGGGAAAUAUGUGAAAAUUGCUUUUCUUCUGGGUAUGUGUUGGAAGCACCCUUUCUGUUGCUGUGGAUGGAAAUUAUUUCCUAACUUUGAAGAGCUUCCCAAGUUUCACUUGACUAUGUUGUGUAUAUUGAGUUUUUCUGCCACUCUGGUGCUUUUCUUCUGGUCACAUGCACUCUUUUAAGGCAGUUGUUGUCCACAGUAGGCAUGCAUAUAGCUGCUUGUAGCAAGCUCUGAAAUAGGCAUGUAUAUUGCAAAAUGCAACACUCUUAAGAAAACUGAGCUACAUAUUUGCCAGCAAUUGUAGCAAAUUUUGGAACUGAGUGGGAUUAAGGCAGGCUCAAUUUGUAAAAGAGGAUCUUUCUGUUUGCAUUAAUAUUGAUGGUCAUUUCUCCAAUGCAAAGGAUGAAAUUUAAAUAGAUGCUGAUUUAGAAAACAAUGAUGUCACUCUAUCCCUGUUCUAAGGUGCAUAACUUUAUAUUAUUUCUAAAAAUGUACAGGCUGGUCAUUACUGCUCUAUGGUGAAGAAAAGCUACUCUGUCAUGCUUAGAGACACAUAUCUUUUAUGGCUAGGUUUUGGCUCUAAAUACAUGAUUUGGAACUAAGCCCUCCAACCUUCCAGUUAUUAUGUGAAUGACUAUGAGUGAUUAUUUCAAAAUAAUCACAGGAACUAGCACAGGGCAACUACUUCCAUUAUAAGCAAGUGGUAUUUCUGAAGGUCUAGUAAAUUGUGACAUAUUUGCUAGCCUACAUGGAAAGGUAACUGGUUGUAUGUUGAUCCAUUUGUAAUUCUAAAUGGCAUUGAAAGAUCUGAUGAAGUAUCCCUUAAGAAAGCUCAUGCCACAGUAAAUUAUUAGUUAGUCAAUAUAAUGGAAGGCUGGGUUUUUAAAUCAAAGUAGUGGCGAAUGGAAAACUGAUCUGUAUAAAAGGUUGGGGGAAAGACACUUUCUAAAUGAACACAUGGCUCAUAUUUUAUAUAGAGGAAAAGAAGUGUAAAAUCUCUAUUAUGUUACAUCUGCAGCAGCAACGCCAGGCAGGUCCGGCACCAGUACCAGGCAGGUCCGGCACCAGCAAGCAGCCGCACCGUUCUUCUGGAAAUGAGGCAAGCUACCCACUGGAAAUGUGCUCACAUUUUGAUGCAGAUGAGAUUAAACGAUUGGGAAAGAGGUUUAAAAAGCUUGAUUUAGAUAAUUCUGGUUCUUUGAGUGUGGAAGAGUUCAUGUCUUUGCCUGAGUUACAACAGAAUCCACUGGUACAACGAGUAAUAGAUAUAUUCGAUACAGAUGGGAAUGGAGAGGUAGACUUCAAAGAAUUUAUAGAAGGAGUCUCCCAGUUCAGUGUCAAAGGUGACAAGGAACAGAAGUUAAGGUUUGCUUUCCGUAUCUAUGACAUGGACAAAGAUGGCUAUAUCUCCAAUGGGGAGCUCUUCCAGGUUCUGAAGAUGAUGGUUGGGAACAAUCUCAAAGAUACCCAGUUGCAGCAAAUUGUAGACAAAACCAUAAUAAAUGCAGAUAAAGAUGGUGAUGGAAGAAUAUCCUUUGAGGAAUUCUGUGCUGUUGUAGGAGGCCUAGAUAUCCACAAAAAGAUGGUGGUAGAUGUGUGACUCUUUAGGACACCACCCAACACUUUUGCUUUCUUCUCCAUCUCUGAAGAUCUGCUCAAGACGUCCAGCAACGCUCUCUGUGUAUUUAAAUGGAAGUAUUUUUCUCUGUGAAGCCACAUUUUCCAACAUGAGCCUCAUGAAGCCAACUAAGUGUUAUUGAACUUUUAUUCUCUCAAUAACUCAAGUGUAGCACUUUAAAGUCUGAAGGACAGCAAGAUGGAAAGAGCAUAUCAGUGUGGUGGAGAAAGGGAAGGGGGUUGGCUUUUUAAUUUAUUUUUCUCAUCUUUUAUAACAAGAAAAUAUCUAUCUAUAUAUAUGUGUGUGUAUUUAUAUAUAGAUAUAUAUGUAGCUUUCUAUAUGUAGUAGUUAAGUGGGCUUUAAUUUAAUAUACUUGAUUCAGAAACAAAAAUAGAGUACAAAGUGCCAAGCAGAACAUUAACAGUUCGAUAUAUGGAUAUACAUCUUUACUUUUAUGUCACACAGUUUUAUAUAUAUAUAGUAGAAGAAUGUAAAGUUUUAAAUGGUUGUAAGGUCAACUCUUUCCUUUUUCCUGUGACUAUUUCAAAUAUUUAUAUAUCGACUGGCUGAGAAAGCAUUGUUUCCUGUUAAUUUCCCUAAUUAAUUUUUGUAAGACAGGAAACUGAAGUUUGUUUAUAUACCUGUUGAUAUAUUACCAGGGACUGCAUCUUUGCUUGAUAGCUCUCAGUACAAUUCUACUUAAUAGGAUGAGAAAAUGUAAUUAAAUGUUAAUGCCAAGAACUAGUCCUUGUGUGCAAAUAGGAUUUAAAAGAUGCUUAUGGCCAUUUCAUCCCUUCACUCACCAAAUGGUUGCAGUUGCACAUAAUAUACCCUUAGUAAGCAUCAGCUGUGAUCCAUUAAGUCUAGAUAGAACAGUUGGAAGUAUUUGCAUUUCUUUCUCAGCACUUAGCUUAAUUAAGAAUUUAGGAUUAACAAGACAAUUGUAUAGAGUUCCCAUUGCACAGUGAGACUAUAAAACCUAUCUUGCCAUUAAGUUAUGUUUAUGUCCCAACCAUAUAGAUUCUUUUAUGCAUUUAAUGUAGUAGUUCCAAGUUGCAUAAAUAAACUGGUAAUAUUUUAUAUAUGUGUAUAUACGAUUAUUACGGAUAUUACGGGGGAAACAUUAACCAAUGCCAUAGGGAAGGAGGAAAGCUUCACAUUAUCUAAAUUUAUACCUCUUGUUCUUCUCCAGCAUUUGGAGAGGGUUGUUUUUUCUUUCUUUCUAGAUUUGUCCAUAUCAUGACUUGUAAUGGAUAGUAACUUUAUAUAUGUGUGAUAUAAAAGUAGCGAGCCAUGUUCUACAACUUUAUAUCAUCCCUUUCCUUUUCUGCAAUGGUACUAUUGGCUAGAAGAAAAACAUUCAUUAGACUUUUUAGGAUAGUGCACCCUUUCCUGUGUAGCAGUUUUUCCUAUUUAAAAGGUUUUUAUAAUUGGCAAUGGAAAGGGCAGGUUGUAUGAACUUAAAUCAGUUGCCUGCCUGCCUGCCUGCCAUAGCUGUUCCUUCAACUGAGUGCUGCACAUCAUGGGCUCUGUCUGUGAGAGAGAAAUCCAGGUGCUUGGUGUCCUUGCAUGACAUGAAGUUUUGCAUGUAGAUCGAUUUGAAACGUUCCUCUUGUUUACAUGAUUUGCAUAAUUUAAAAAGAUAAUGUUGCCAAACUUUGGUAAAUGUUAAAAACAGAGAAUCUCCACUACAUGUAACUUUCUUCCUCUGGAUCAGUCCGUGGCUUAGAAUCCCAGCCAGUGGUGGUAUCUGUUCCAGUGUCAACUGCCAUGUGCUCUGCUUCAAGGGGGAACUACCAGUAGUCUUUUGUGAAUUUUUUGUACAUAAGUAUUUGUUACAAACAUUUUAGCAAAUGCUUUCUAUUUCUUAAUUGCUUGUGCAUAUCCUGGCUGGCGUUAUAGAAAAAUAGUGCUAACAUUACUUUCUUAUUGGGGGAUGAGCCUUUUUUUGUUUUUAGUUUGUGUGUGGAAAAUGUGUUAUGUUGAAUGUUUAGAUUUUCCUCUGCAUGCUACAUCAUACACUGUUGGAACUUAUAGGAACCUUCAUACUGUAUGAAUAAAAAAUAAAAUAUUUGAACUUUA